AUGGGCUCCGUCCUCUCCUCGCGGAGUUUUGAACUCUCCGGCUGCUACUUCAGUUUUCUUCUCCAGCAGUGGUCGUCGUCGUCACUCGUCUGUUCUAAUCUAAUAAUAAUCAGUAGCUCCGGCGAAGUUCCAUCAUCGGGCAAAUUCCUCCUCCGGCUUCAAUCGCUCGUCAGCAGAAGAAUGAGCAAGAGACCACCGCCUGAUCCCGCGGCAGUCUUGAGAGGCCACCGUGCCUCGGUGGCGGACGUCUGCUUCCAUCCCUCCAAACCUAUUCUGUUCAGCGGCUCGUCGGACGGUGAAUUGCGGAUUUGGGACAUAGUCCAGCAUCGAACGCUGUCGUCUUCAUGGGUGCACAGUGCGGCUCACGGCAUCCUAACAGUGGCUAGCAGCUCUGAAAUUGGAGCCAACAAAGUAAUUAGCCAGGGGAGAGAUGGAACUGUCAAGUGCUGGGAUAUUCAAGAUGGUUCCCUCUCCAGGGCGCCUCUUGUUACCAUUAAGACAAGCUCUUACCACUUCUGCAAGCUGUCACUAGUCCAAAUGCCGGCUGCUGGUGCUGGAGCAGCCAACUGGUGUAGAAAUCAACAAGAGAAGGAGAAUGUGGGUGUUGUCUACGAUGGUAGAGGCAAUCUUGGUGAAGAUGAAUCAGAGAGCUCUAAUAGUGCCGAAGAAGAUAGUCAUUGCGGCGGACCAAAUUGUAUUGCUGUAGCAGGGGAGUUGACUUCGGAGGUUGAGUUAUGGGAUCUUAAAAGUGCUGAGAGGAUUGCACGAUUACCUGAAAGCAGCUCAACUGGCUCUCCUAGUAUUUCUGGCAGCCAAAGAGGGAUGUGCAUGUCGGUUCAAGCAUUUUUACCAUCGAGUUCACAGGGAUUCCUAAAUGUCCUGGCUGGUUAUGAGGAUGGUUCCAUGCUUUGGUGGGACAUUCGCAGUGCUGCAGGUCCUCUCACUUCUGUGAAGUAUCACUCGGAGCCUGUUUUAAGCAUAUCCAUUGAUGGGUUCUGCACAGGAGGAAUCUCUGGAUCUGCUGAUGAUAAGAUUAUGUUAUACAGUUUCGAUGCAUCCACGGGCUCUUGUAUCAUAAGGAAAGAGAUAAGCUUGGAGCGGCCAGGCAUAUCAGGCACCUCAAUUAGACCAGAUGGAAAAAUUGUGGCUACUGCUGGUUGGGAUCACAGAAUAAGGGUAUAUAACUACCGCAAAGGAAAUGCAUUGGCAAUUUUGAAGUAUCACCAAGCCACGUGUAACGGUGUCUCUUAUUCACCGGAUUCCAAACUUUUGGCCUCUGCUUCAGAAGACUCAACAAUUGCUCUGUGGGAAUUAUACCCCCCUUCUAUAUCCAAUUGAGCACAAAGCAGUUCACCUAGACAGAUUCUUCCUAAUAUGUAAUCUCUCCCCACCACUUCCAGCUAAGCAGACCAAUGCCAGCCAUUUCCACUGUCGAAGCUCCGAAAUCCUUGUAGAAGGGAACUUUCUUUAGUUGACACUUGACCACCAUUGAGGCAGUCGUUUGCUAUCCGACAUCAGAGCUUGGUCAGACUUGCAAUCCCAAGUUUUCUGCCAACUUAGGUUCUGCAUGAACAAUGCAUCGAGCGAUGGGUGAAACCUAGGGUUUGCUCGCUUGAGAGCACUGCACAACUACGUCUUUCAACUCGAUACCCUAGGUUGGAUGUCAAACUUUCUGGUAAUGUUUCUCCAAGGGCUCGGCAGGUCUCGAGAGCUGCUUCUCCUUGGCUGAACGCAAGCGGCCAGCACGAGCCUCCUGUCUGAAUUUCCCAGUUAAUCGGAAACUGAAGCGAUCGACUACUCUGUCAAACGAUUUCUAUGUUUAGCUUCCCGGUUUUCUGUCUGUGAGUAAUCUAUCGGAAGUUUGAUUUUCUUGCUUGUGAGACACGAUACAGUAUGUCCGUGGAACUUUGAAGCUCGAAUCACAGAGAUUUUAUUAUUCAUUCAUGUGUCAUCAAAAGAAUCUUCUUUACAACUGA